GCGCUAACAAGUGCCCUAUAUAUACAUAUUCACAACUCAAACCGCCAAGCCCAUGCUCUACGGCUUUCUCUCCCUUUAAGCAUUAGUUGCAACUUGCAAUGGCCAGUACCGGUCCCGAGCGCAGAGAAGAGGAAGAUGCCCCCGCCGGCGAAGACGAAGAUACCGGAGCUCAGGUCGCUCCAAUCGUCAAGCUUGAAGUGGUCGCCGUCACCACCGGCGAAGAAGAAGAGGACGCCAUUCUUGAUCUGAAAGCAAAGCUUUAUCGAUUCGAUAAGGAAGGGAAGCAAUGGAAAGAAAGAGGCGUUGGAACUGUGAAGUUCUUGAAGCACAAAGGGUCGGGCAAAGUUAGGCUUGUUAUGCGCCAAUCGAAGACCCUAAAGAUCUGCGCUAAUCAUCUAGUUCUUCCGACUAUGACAGUGCAAGAGCACAGUGGAAACGACAAAUCUUGUGUGUGGCAUGCAACGGACUUUGCAGAUGGUGAACUUAAGGAUGAGCUUUUUUGCAUUCGAUUCGCAUCAGUUGAGAAUUGCAAAACCUUCAUGGAAAUGUUUCAAGAAGUUGCUGAAAGCCAGGGAAAGAAAGAAGAAAGUGAAGAUGCCUCAGCUGCAGCUGGACUUCUUGAGAAGUUGAGUGUUGGGGAUAGUAAGACGGAGGACAAAGGCCAGGAAGAGGGAUCCCUUGCCACCAAAGAGAAGGUAGCUGUAGACAAAGAGGAGGUCCAAGCAGAGGCAGAUAAGAAAGAUGAGACUGAAUCUCCAGCAUAGACUAGUGUGGUGGUGCCAUAUUCAUAAUGGUUCCAGUUGAUAAAUGGAUGUACCUUUCCACAGGUUUGGGCUUGUUGUCAUAUAUGUAAACUCAGUUGAUUGAGAUGUGUUGAGAUAUCUGGGUGGAAAUGGUCUGUCCAUGGGGUCGGGCAUUGAGGGUUGUGAUUGACAGUCAGUGGAUCAAGUCUUGGAUCCGUGAUUGGCACUGAGUUUGUCAAGACUUAAGAUCCUGUUUGCUUUGUCAAAAAGUCCUGUUUCGUUUGUGGAUAAUAAGAGAGGGUUAUCCCUGUUGGGUUGA